CCCAAACCCCCACCACACACCACGGCCCCACUCCACGAGCUUCCCCUAUUUAUGCGCUAACCCAAACCCGAAAACCCUACACGCAUCAGACCUCCUCAUUUUCAUUCAGUGGCCCCAGAAAAAAGAACAAAAGAAUUGUUGCAGAAACUUGAAACCGCCCUUUUCUUUACUGCUUGCGAGAAAAAUGGGCAGUAAUGCGGAUUUAACUCGAGCUUUUAUUAAAGACGUCAAACGUGUAAUCGUAAAGGUUGGAACUGCUAUUGUCACUCAAGCAGAUGGCAGGUUGGCACUAGGAAGAUUGGGAGCUCUGUGUGAGCAGAUCCAAGAACUGAAUUCUGAAGGAUAUGAGGUUAUUCUGGUCACUUCAGGUGCAGUUGGUGCUGGUCGACAACGGUUAAGAUAUAGAAGAUUAGUUAAUAGCAGCUUUGCUGAUCUUCAAAAGCCACAACAUGAGCUUGAUGGGAAAGCUUGUGCAGCUGUUGGACAAAAUGGUCUCAUGGCUCUGUAUGAUUCAUUGUUCAGUCAGUUGGAUGUGACAUCAGCUCAGCUUCUAGUGACGGAUAAUGAUUUUAGGGAUCCAGAUUUCAGAAAACAACUCAGUGAGACAGUAAAAUCAUUGUUGUCCCUGAAGGUUAUACCUAUACUCAAUGAAAAUGAUGCUGUCAGUACCAGGAAGGCUCCUUAUGAGGACUCUUCUGGCAUAUUUUGGGAUAAUGACAGUUUAGCAGCUUUACUAGCUUUAGAGCUUAAAGCGGACCUUCUAGUUUUGUUGAGUGAUGUUGAAGGUCUUUACAGUGGCCCUCCUAGCGAUCCAAAGUCGAAGCUAAUUCAUACUUAUGUAAAAGAGAGGCAUGAGGGAGCUAUUACCUUCGGAAACAAAUCUAGGGUAGGACGAGGAGGCAUGACUGCUAAAGUUAAAGCGGCUGUUUAUGCAGCUUAUGCUGGCAUCCCUGUUGUGAUUACCAGUGGCUUUGCUGGUGAUAAUAUCAUUAGAGUUCUCAAUGGAGAAUCUAUUGGCACACUCUUUCAUCGAGAUGCUAAUCAGUGGGCUCCAGCUGGAGAAAUUGGAGCUCAUGAGAUGGCAGUUGCAGCAAGGGAGUGUUCUAGACGGCUUCAGGCUGUGUCUUCGAAAGAUAGGAGUAAAAUUUUGCUAGAUAUAGCUGAUGCUUUGAAAGAAAAUGAAAAUCUGAUCUUAGCUGAAAAUGCUGCUGAUGUAGCAGCUGCACAACAAGCUGGAUAUGAAAAAUCUUUGAUAUCUCGAUUGGCUUUAAAGCCUGGAAAGGUUUCUGGUCUUGCAAAUUCUCUUUGCAUGCUUGCAAAUAUGGAAGAACCUAUUGGUCAGGUUCUAAAAAGAACAGAGCUUGCAGAGGGAUUGAUCUUGGAAAAGACAACAUCUCCUUUAGGUGUUCUUUUGAUUAUUUUUGAGUCACGGCCAGAGGCACUUGUUCAGAUAGCUUCAUUGGCAAUUAGAAGCGGAAAUGGGCUCCUGUUGAAAGGAGGAAAGGAGGCCAAACGAUCAAAUGCAAUCUUACACAAGAUUAUUACUUCAUCAAUCCCAGAAAGCAUUGGCAAGAAACUUAUUGGAUUAGUGACUUCGAGAGAAGACAUCCCUGAAUUGCUCAAGCUUGAUGAUGUGAUUGAUCUUGUGAUACCAAGAGGCAGCAAUAAACUCGUUUCUCAAAUCAAGGCUUCAACAAAAAUUCCUGUUCUUGGUCAUGCUGAUGGUAUCUGCCAUGUUUAUGUUGACAAGUCAGCUGAUAAGGAUAUGGCAAAGCAAAUUGUUUUGGAUGCUAAAACAGAUUAUCCUGCUGCCUGCAAUGCAAUGGAAACGCUACUUGUUCACAAGGACUUGGUGCAGACUGGUUUAGUUAAUGAGCUAAUUGUGGAACUUCAAAUCAAAGGUGUUACUCUGUAUGGUGGACCAAGGGCAAGCUCCUUGUUAAAUAUUCCAGAGGCACGUUCAUUUCAUCAUGAAUAUUGUUCACUUGCUUGCACUGUUGAAAUUGUGGAUGAUGUGCAUGCUGCAAUUGAUCAUAUACAUCAACAUGGAAGUGCACAUACAGAUAGCAUCGUAACUGAUGAUCACGAUGUUGCAGAACUGUUUUUACAUCAACUUGACAGUGCUGCUGUAUUCCACAAUGCAAGCACAAGAUUCAGUGAUGGCUACCGAUUUGGGCUAGGUGCUGAGGUUGGGAUCAGUACCAGUAGAAUCCAUGCUCGUGGUCCUGUAGGAGUUGAAGGCUUAUUAACGACAAGAUGGAUUGCAAGAGGAAAUGGCCAAGUAGUGAAUGGCGACGCAGGAAUUGUUUACACGCACAAGGAUCUUACAGUUUGACCUUUCGAAGGAGAGACUAGAUUUCCCCGAGCAAAGCACGAAUAUGAUGGUUCCUUUCCUAGACGAAUGACAAUGACACGAUAAAGAGAGGCACAAAUAAGCAGUAACCGGGGGUUUAUGAUUUAGUUCCUGAUUAUUAAGUGUUGUAGUAUGUUGUACUGUAACCUAUUGAAUGAAUAAACUGUCAAAUGAUCUGUUGUUUUUUAGUGGUAAUAAAAUCAAUGCCUUCUCCACUAAAAAUUUUUAGGAGAUACUUG